UGCUUAAUAAUCCUUCUCUCAUCUCGUUUUCACUCUUUCGCUCGUCUUCUGUGUGUCGGUGAUCAGAUCUCAUCCACGAGACAUCUCGAUUUCCCCCGACAAACGUGCGUCCGAGACAAUGUUGCUACUCAGCUUUCAUUCACUGCUCGAUUUGUGUUAGCUGUUGUUGUCGAAUUCGGUGGUUUGGUGUUCGACCGCACGGAGAGGCUUCUUCUGUUGCGUGCGGGAGGUGCAUGAGAAAUUCGCCUGCAAUUCUCUGUCCCUCGGUUGUCGAUUGCCGGAGCAGAACCAGGUCCAAUCCGGUUCCCGAGAUCCAGGGUUUUAGUUUUUUUUUCUUUCUCGUGGGUUCAUCUACUUGCUUGAUUGAGUUGUCGGUGAGCACGAUGCAGCAAGAUCAUCGCAAGAAGAGUACUCUGGAGAUGGAGUUCUUUUCCGAAUAUGGUGAUGCCAAUAGAUUUGAAAUUCAGGAAGUGAUUGGAAAAGGCAGCUACGGAGUAGUCUGUUCAGCGAGAGACACCCUAACGGGUGAGAAAGUUGCGAUAAAGAAAAUACACAACAUUUUUGAGCAUAUAUCUGAUGCUGCGAGGAUACUGCGUGAGAUAAAGCUGCUCAGACUUCUAAAGCAUCCGGAUAUCGUUGAAAUUAAGCACAUUAUGCUUUCCCCUUCAAGGAGAGAAUUCAAAGAUAUUUUUGUUGUUUUCGAGCUCAUGGAAUCGGACCUUCAUCAAGUCAUCAAAGCCAAUGAUGAUUUGACACGGGAGCAUUAUCAGUUUUUUCUUUACCAAUUACUCCGAGCACUGAAGUAUAUGCACACCGCUAACGUCUACCACCGUGACCUGAAACCAAAGAACAUAUUGGCAAAUGCAAACUGUAAACUUAAGAUUUGUGAUUUUGGGCUAGCAAGGGUUGCUUUCAGUGACACGCCGACAACCGUCUUCUGGACGGACUAUGUUGCUACAAGAUGGUAUAGAGCUCCAGAGCUUUGUGGAUCCUUUUACUCUAAGUACACUCCUGCAAUUGAUAUCUGGAGUAUUGGCUGCAUUUUUGCGGAGGUAUUGACAGGAAAGCCAAUUUUCCCUGGAAAAAAUGUUGUUCACCAGCUCGAUCUGAUGACUGAUCUGCUUGGGACACCUUCACUGGACACCAUCUCCAGCGUACGAAAUGAGAAGGCGAGGAAGUAUUUGAUAAGCAUGAGGAAAAAGCCACCCAUUCCUUUCGCUCAGAAAUUUCCAAAUGCUGAUCCUUUGGCUCUGAAGUUGCUGGAGAGGCUUCUUGCCUUUGAUUCAAAAGAUCGGCCAACUGCUGAAGAGGCACUUGCAGAUCCAUAUUUCAAGGGGCUGGCAAGAGUUGAGAGGGAGCCUUCAUGUCAGCCAAUCACGAAAAUGGAAUUUGAGUUUGAGAGACGAAAGGUCACAAAAGAAGAUAUAAGAGAGCUGGUUUUCCAGGAGAUACUCGAGUACCAUCCGCAACUGUUGAAAGAUUACAUGAAUGGUACUGAUAGGGCCAGCUUUCUCUAUCCGAGUGUUGUCGAUCAAUUUAGAAGACGGUUUGCUCAUCUCGAAGAAAACGGAGGCAAACCCACCGGGUCGGAGACUCCUCUCGAAAGGAAACAUGUCUCUCUUCCGAGAUCCACAGUCGUGCAUUCAAGUACAGUUUCUCGCGGAGGACAACCCAGAAUCGCUUAUAAUACCGCUAAUACCUCGGCCCCGGAAAUGGUUCAAAAUGUUGCGAUGGAUCAACAAUCAUCUCUACAGGCGCAUGAACUAGGAAACCAGUCGGCUUCCAAACCAAGUGCAUUCACUGGCCCGGUUGCACCUUUCGACAACCGAAGAACCGGGAGAGAGGCAUAUGAUCCAAGAUCGUUCAUCCGGAGCACCACUUCCAUCCCAGCCCAGGCUGCCUGUGCCUACCGAAACCCUAACAUAGGUCCGGAAUUCACACCGGAAGUGGCAAUCGACAUAGACAACAACCCGUUUAUAAUGACUCAAACGGGAAUGAACAAGGCCGAAAGCAUAAGCAUCGACACAAACUUGUUGCAGGCAACAAGAACUGCUCAGUACGGCGGAAUUGGAGCCGCCGCCGGGGUGGUGGGAGCGGCGGCUGGGCUGAGUGCCUCUGCCUACCACCGCAAAGUUGGAACUGUUCAGUAUGGUAUGUCGAAGAUGUACUAAAAGUUUUUUUAAGUUUUUUUUUUUUUGGAAUUGUGUUUUGCGAACAUGUCAAAGUUCGGACAUAUGUUUCAGCUUCGGUCUGUAAAUGUCAAGCAGCUGUGUUCAUGCUUUGGUUGUUCACUUCAUCCUUUGGUAUUUUUUUUAAUUGUUUUUUUUUUUCAGAUACACAAUGGAUAAAUCUUUGAGCAGGCAUGUGCUACAUGCUACUAUUUAAUUUAA